UCCUCCUCCUCGCGGUUCAUGUCUGUCCCGGUCCGCGCAACAGAGCCUCACGCAAUGGAACAGAGCUCAUCCAGUUAAACUGUGGAUGCUGCAGCACGGGAAAUGCCUUGUGGGUUCGUCUCAGUCAUUUAGCGAUUUUACUCUUCUGGGGAUCUUUGUUAGACAACGAGCGUGAAAGGGCAGAAAGUCCGUGGAUGUCCGUAGUGCGCCAGGAUGCUCGGGAUAAGUCAACAUUUCACUUUGGCAGCAGUGGCAGUGGUUGUGCUGCUGGCGUGCGUGUUGUCCUUCAACGUGGACCAGAAAAAUGGUUUGUCGUUCAGCGGGCCUCUGGAGGACAUGUUUGGCUACACUGUGCAGCAGUUUGAGAACAGCGAGGGGAAAUGGGUUCUGAUUGGAUCACCGCUGUCAGGCCAACCGGCUAAACGGACAGGUGACGUCUACAAGUGUCCUGUGGGGAAGGGGGACAACACAUGUGUCAAACUGGAGCUGCCCAAAAACACAACAGUUCCCAACCUACAUGAAGUCAAGGAGAACAUGACCAUGGGAACCACACUGGUGACCAAUCCCAGUGGAGGAUUUCUGGCCUGUGGUCCUCAGUAUGGCUACAUGUGCGGGCAGCAGCAGUACAUCUCAGGAGUUUGCGCGAAUGUCAGCUCUUCCUUCCAGAUCCUCAACUCUGUGGCACCGGCAGUGCAAGAGUGUGGGAAGGAGCUGGACAUCGUGAUAGUUCUGGAUGGAUCUAACAGUAUCUACCCCUGGUCCAGCAUCAUUGAUUUCCUGCGACGUUUCAUCGAGAACAUUGAGAUCGGACCUAAACUCUCUCAGGUGGGCAUAGUGUCAUAUGGUGAGACUGUGACUCACCGCGUCAACCUGAGCCAGUUUGACAACACUCCUGCUCUGCUCGCAUUCGUCGAGGAUCUUCCUCAGCAGACCGGCUUCAAGACCAUGACUUUCCGUGGCAUUGAUACUGCCAGGAAGGAGGCCUUUAUGCCAGAGCGUGGUGCGCGACUUGGGGUGAAGAAAGUCAUGGUGAUUGUGACUGACGGAGAGUCACAUGACUUCUAUAAUCUCGACAAGGUCAUGGCAGCCUGUGACGAUGAUAACAUCGAGAGGUUUGGCAUUGCUGUUUUGGGAGACUAUAAUCGUCAGAACAAAAGUGCAGACGAAGUGCAGAAGUUCAUCAAGGAGAUCGAGUCCAUCUCCAGCAAGCCGUUACGAGAUCACUUCUUCAACGUGUCUGAUGAGGUGGCCUUGUUGACCAUUGUGGAUGCUUUGGGAAGCAGGAUUUUUGCCUUAGAAGCUACAACUGGAAAUUUCACCUCUUCCUUUGAGAUGGAGAUGUCCCAGGCUGGGUUUAGUGCACAUACUUCUAAAGAAGGUGUGUUACUGGGAGCAGUGGGAGCGUAUGACUGGAAUGGGACCGUGGUAAUGCAUACUGCUGGAGGAACAAUCGUUCCAGGAGAGACGCAGUUCUACGACCCAAAUACUGAGGCCGGGUACGAAGGACUUGCUGGGUACCUCGGCUAUGAUGUUCAGUCAGCAUCCACCCCUGAUGGAGUGCUGUACAUCACAGGCGCACCGCGGUACAACCACACUGGCCGGGUUGUUAUCUAUCGUCUGAAUGAAAAGAACAACAUUGUUGUCUCACAGAUACUGAAAGGAGAACAGAUUGGUUCCUACUUCGGCAGCGUCCUGCAGACCUUGGAUGUGGAUGGGGAUUCCUACACGGAUCUCCUCUUGGUCGGAGCUCCAAUGUACAUGGGCACAGAAAGAGACGAGCAGGGGCAGGUCUACGUCUACAAACUAAACCAGGACAACCAGUUUGAGCACGAGUUCACUUUAAAGCCUGUCAAUCAGUCCUGUUGUACUGCCCGCUCAGCCAGCUGCACUAAUAAAAAUGAACCAUGCGGUGCCCGGUUUGGUACAGCCAUUGCAGCCGUAUCAGAUCUCAACCUUGACGGGUUUAAUGAUGUGGCGAUCGGUGCACCUUUUGAGAACGACCACCGAGGGGCCGUCUACAUCUAUCAUGGAGAUAAGACGUCACUGAAAGAGAAAUUUGUACAGCAUAUCCCUGCAGGUGGGGACGGUGAAAAGGUGAAGUUCUUCGGUCAGUCCAUACAUGGAGUCAUGGAUCUAAAUGGAGAUGGAAUCACUGAUGUUACCAUCGGAGGUCUGGGAGGGGCUUCACUAUUCUGGUCCAGAGAUGUUGCAGAGCUUCGUGCCAACAUGACUUUCGACCCUGCUAAAAUCAACCUGCAGCAGUCUCAGUAUCAGUGUGAACAUGGGGGACGCAAGUCUGUGUGUGUGACAACUGAAGUGUGUUUUGCCUACGUUAUCAAAUCUGACCAGCAGGACUUAAACUUUGCUGCAGAGAUCCGCUACGAUCUGACUCUAGAUGCUCUGCGUGCAAAAGCCAGGGCCUCGUUCAUUGACUUGGACGAUAAAAGUGAUCGUAGGAUUACCAGGAGCUUCACCAUCAAAGACAGAGAGAGGAAAUGUGUGCAAGAAACCUUCAUGAUGUCGGCCCGUCUGGACUUCCGAGAUCCUCUCAUGGUGUCUUUGGAGUUUGGACUGGCUGAUGAGGACCAAGGCCCCGUUCUGGAUGAAAGCCUUCCCAGAUCCAUCAAUAAAACAAUUCCCUUAGUGGACUGUGGAAGCGAUGAGAAGUGCAUCGCUGACCUCUCUCUCAAAGCCGAGCCUAGUGUAAAAAGAAUGCUGAUCAAAGCGCAGAAAGACAAGAUCGAGGUGAACAUCAACAUUAGAAACAGCAAAGACAACGCAUACAACACUAAAGUCACCCUCAGCUUCACGGCCAACAUCAACUACGUUAAAGUAGAGCCGGAGAAGGCGUGCACUCUGAAUGACACCAAAGUGGAGUGUGCUGUUGGAUACCCCUUCUUGGGAAGCAAUGUAGAGGAAAAUUUCAAAGUGAAAUUCGAGGUCAAUCCUAAACACAUUCAGGAGAUAAUUCAGAUCAACGUGACAGCUACAAGUGACAGCGAGGAGCUGCCUUCUACCCUGAAUGACAACGCGGUGCAGAUCUCCAUCCCUGUGACGUAUGAAGCCGGACUCAUAUUCUCAGUGCGGCCUGUGGACGAACACGUUGUUGUAAAAGAGGGUGAACAGUUUUCCAGUCUGUUCAAUGACACCAGGAUGAUUGGAGAGGAGGUCAACAUCACCUACACGGUGGAGAAGUCAGGUGAUAUGGUGACCCCGCCCCUUGACCUUACAGUGACGUAUCCUCACCUGUCUCCUCGGCAGAACAACUUACUGUACCUGACGCAUGUCGCCACCAGCCCACAGGUGAAAUGUGACGCGUCAGGUUGGAUCAACCCUCUUAACAUUAACCCGGACGUUAUAAAUCCCAAACCGAGGAAAGAAACACUCAGUGUCUUCCUCCUGAGCUGCGAAAACCUCAACUGUGCAUCGUUUAGCUGCUCCAUCCCAGAGGCCGCGAUCAGUCAGGUCAACGUCACAUUCAGGGUGUGGAAACCUACGUUUAUUGUGGGCGAGUUUUCCAGUCUGUACAUGUUGGUGAACGCCACGCUGGGAAUCAGAGACACUGACCUGUUUGUGCUGAGCAGCAGCAGCAGGAGUAGAAGUGUGAAGAUCCAGGUUUCAAAGGAGUCCUUAGGAGGCAUCCCUAUUUGGAUCAUCAUCAUCAGCAUCCUGAUAGGACUGCUGAUCCUGGCACUCGUCAUCUUCGCUCUCUGGAAGAUGGGCUUCUUCAAGAGAAAAUCCAGGGACUACUCAAAGGAGGACAUGAUGGACUGAGACACCCAGCAGCAAGCAGCUCUGUGACCGACUACUUCCAGAGCCACCAGGUCGCACAAAGAGACUUUUAAAGAGGAAGCCGCACAGACGGAGGAGCCGCCAUCAGACCCACAGACACCUCAGUGCUGCGAAACUGUGACGACCUGGAAAACACAACCACCAUCCCUCCACUGUUUCCUGCACUGGCCUGGCUCAAAUAAUACUUGCAAAUACUUCCCAACCCUUAUCCUUUUGAUGAGCACUAGAUUACAACACUGAGGUUAUUCAGAUGGUCUCAUACACAGAGAGUGCGUCUACAGACACUUUGAAUUGUAUGAAGUUGCUGGCACUAGCUGUAAACCUUCUGUGAAGUAUUUGCAAAUGCUAUUUGUUCAGGAUCAGCUUGUUUCUUGCAGAUAUUAUGCAGAAUGCAUCAAGUCAGAUUCAAGAAGAGAGAGAGAGAGGAGGAAGAAACCAUCACUUACCAGGCAUCCGUCCGCAAAAUAGCAUAUAUCUGUAUUACGUACUACGUAGCUGCAAUAGCUGUAGUCAGGCUUCAGAGGAAAGAAGUACUCAGGUUUUUCAGUAUGAAGAUCCAGUGUUGCCUAAGCCGCCUCACAUACCUUCUAUGUCAUGACAGCAACAAUGUCCGAAGGUCUACUCGCUUGUGAGACACACAGUAUGUGAACGUUACGUGUGUUUGAGCAGUCUGUCCGAUAGCCGAGACUCUUGUUUUGAAGCUUACGUGCUUGAGUAGUUUUAUGAGACACUGUACCGUUUAGCAUUUUAUAGCAUUUUGUUUGCGUUUGGUAUUUUUGCAGAAUUUUAACAAUAUAACACGGCACAUCCUUCAUUUCAAAAUGUUGGCUAAAGACACUGACCUACACACGAGAUUUAUUUUAAGCAAACGUUUUUUUUAUAUACUUUUAAUCUCAGUUAACCAGUUCAAAGUCCAAAAAUUUCUCAUCCCAGCUGUGAUGUUAAAUGUUUGUAAUUAGUGUCAAAAUGCAAACCUUUGACUGAACUGUAAAUAUAAGGAAAUGCUCAAAAAUGUAAAGCUUGUAAAUGUACAUAAUUGUGUUUGCUAUAAUUCAUGUAAUUUAAGAGAUUUUGUGAUCAGUGGUCAGAGAUGUUGGUUUUGCUCAGGUGCUAGAGGUAUCAUAAACAUUCACGUUUGACAUGUAAGAAAAGUCUCUGGCCUAUCUCGCAGUUUCAAAGCUGAUGCAAAUAUGUAAAUAGUGUUAUAUUUUGAUGAAAAAAUGAAAGUAUAAUUAUUCUGUACUGAAAAUACACACAAAGAUGAGGGUUUGUAUCCACUACUUUGGUUUUAUUUGAUUGAAAGUGACGUUUCAAACCCGGAGAAUGACUGUGUUUAGAGGCUUUAACUACUUCACAUGAGAUAUGUCUGUAGCAUAUUUUAAUUUCAACAUUUUAAUUAAUGGAAGGGAAGAAUUCUUCCAAUGCAGAAGUAUAUGUGUCACCAUUCACCAGCAGUUGCCAUAUAGUAAAUGGGAUUCAUUGGUCGUGGUUUGUAGCGUCAGCAAGCUACAACAUGCACACAAAGCAUUAGCAUUGCGCAGGCUCAGUGUCUCCCCAUAUAUGGUACAUAGUACCUUACAAAAGAUAAUCUUUCAGGUUUUCUCUCUGGUUUUUGUUUCCAGAAGUAGCUACACGGUAUGUUAAAAGAGAUUAUAUUGUAUAUUGGGGAGACUUGGUUUGGGCCUCUUCCUUGACGGCGAGAAGAAGAAGAGGCAGCUUUCGAAUAUUUAAAUACUCCUCAGCUCUCACUCUCCACUGUUGACAUGAAGCACAUGUAAUUAAGUGUAUGUACAGAAUGUGUAACUUUCAUGUUAAGAUUGUAUGGCUACAUCAGGUUUAUGCACUCACUUUGGUGGUCUGGGAUUAUUUUCUCAGAUGUUCUGCUCUAUCAGCUCUGGAGAAAGAGGAAGGCACAAAGUGAGAGUUUGAGCUCCAGUCCAGCCUCCUACACUGCUGUGAAGUCUUCAUUGUAAUGCACUGGUUUGUCAGACUGUAUGCGUCCUCAUCAGCACAGAAAUUAACUGAAUCUUAUGUACAAAAAAUAAAGACUUUUUACAAAAGAA